GAGGGAAAAAAAGGAAAAUUAGUCAAGAAAGAAAUUUCCCAAGCUUGCAAGUAAAUUCUGAAGGAACACUCUUAUCUUCUUCGCCACUGCACCUCCCGAAUGGCUAAACCCCUCCCCAUCCCCGCCCUCACGGUGGCUCGCCUUCCCUUCCGCAUCCUCUCCCCCUCAGCUCGACCUCUCUGCCUCCUCCCCUUCCUGCCCCCACCAUUCGUGCCUCAGAGACGCAGCCUUUAUGCGUCCGCUGUAUCCACCAGCAGGCGCGGCAGGCCGCUGGCCCCGGUCAUCAGCGAGGGCAGUGAUGGCGAGGAAGCUGCCGUCGGCCGGCCUGUAUGUCCUGGAUGCGGGGUCUUCAUGCAGGAUGCGGAUCCCAACCUCCCUGGCUUCUUCAAGAACCCCUCCCGCAGCUCCCAGGACAAAAUGGGAGAAAGUGGAGAAGGGCUUUUGACUGCUGAUACGGAUGCAUUUCUUGAAGGUGAGGAGGCGCGGGUGGCGAAAGACGCAUUGAUGUCAGAAUCAGAUGAUGAAUUGGAGUACCUGGACAGCGAUAUCGAUGAGUUCCCUGAAGAAAUUGAGGAGGAUGAAGAGGAUGAGUCAGGGGUGAAGGCUGGCACUGAUAUUGAUGGUUUUGACAGUGAUUGGGACUCCGAUUGGGAGGAGAUGGAAGAAGACGAGGAUGAGAAAUGGAGGAAAGAACUGGACGGUUUCACCCCACCAGGUGUUGGGUAUGGGAACAUCACCGAGGAGACAAUCGAGAGGCUAAAGAAAGAGAAACUGUCCAAAUCCGAAAGGAAGCGCCGGGCGAAGGAGGCCAAGAGGGCUGAGGCUGAGGAGGACUUGGCCGUGGUCUGUGCGCGGUGCCACUCCCUGAGAAAUUACGGACUUGUGAAGAAUGACAAGGCUGAGAACUUGAUCCCAGACUUUGAUUUUGAUAGGUUCAUUUCAUCUCGGCUGAUGAAGCGGUCAGCUAGCACCCCAGUUAUCAUCAUGGUGGUGGAUUGUGCAGACUUUGAUGGGUCAUUUCCCAAGCGAGCUGUCAAGUCAUUGUUUAAGGCACUUGAAGGAAGGAGGAAUUCUAAGGUGAGUGAAACACCGAGGCUUGUUCUUGUUGGUACAAAGGUAGAUUUGCUUCCAUGGCAGCAAAUGGGAGUGCGGUUCGAUAGGUGGGUUCGUGGCCGUGCUAAGGCUUUUGGAGCACCAAAGCUAGAUGCUGUUUUCUUGAUCAGCGUCCACAGAGAUCUGGCUGUUAGAAAUCUAAUUUCAUACAUAAAGGAUUCAGCAGGACCUCGUAGCAACGUUUGGGUGAUUGGUGCACAGAAUGCUGGGAAAUCUACGCUGAUCAAUGCAAUUGCAAAGAAACAAGGUGUUAAAAUCACAAGAUUGACUGAAGCUGCUGUCCCGAAAACAACAUUAGGCAUACUAAGGGUAACAGGUGUUUUACCUACAAAGGCAAAGAUGUAUGAAAACUUGAGUCUAUUUUGCUUGUUCGGAUGGAGUGGGAUGGCGGAAGAGAGCAUGGCAACUGACAGGCGGGAUUCACAAGGCUUAAACAGUUACGAAGGCAUCCUAGGAGACACUAGCAAAACAUCCUUCAAUUGCGUCAACCUUGUGCCAGGGAAAAAAAGGGGCUAA